AUGGACCGAAGCUUGGAUGAGAUUAUAGCGGAACGGCCCUCCUCAAACCGUGGCCGAUCUCGAACCCGUCCUCGACGGGGCAAUGCGCCUCGAGAUGGUGUCAAAAAGGUCUCUCGUUUAAUCGCUCCAACACCUACAAGAAGUCUUCUUCUUUCUCCUCUCGCACCCUCUAGCCGUUCCGUAAAGGCACACCUAAACCAAGGCCUGGGCACGCUCAAAGCUUGCUCGUUUUCCUCCCAAGCCAUCAGGUGUUGGCCACAUCAUCUAGAUGACCUUCAGCUGACCUCCCUUAUUAUUCUUGAACAACAGCCUUUUAGAACAGAGCGUGCCAACCUGGAUCUUGACUGGGUUCAUGAUAAGUUCGAAGAUGACAGAAACACUCGUCCCUCGUAUCGUGACAGCCGAGCCCGUCGUCUCGACCGCUAUUCUCCAGAACCCGAACAACCCCAAACCGGUGCCAAACUUCGCGUCUCCAACCUGCACUACGACUUAACAGAAGAUGAUUUGGAGGAUCUUUUUACUCGCAUCGGUCCAAUUAGCGCACUUUCCCUGCGGUACGACCGCGCUGGCCGUUCAGAGGGAAUUGCGUUUGUGACGUAUAAACGUUUAGUGGAUGCUCAAAACGCCAUCCGCGAGUUCGAUGGCGCGAACGCGAAAGGGCAACCGAUCACUCUCACGAUGAUAUCGGCCACCCCAGGCAGAUCCGCUGGGCGAAAUCCCUUUGACUUCGUUGAAAAGCCAAAAGGCAGCCUAUUUGACCGAACUGAAAAGCCCCGCACCAGAAAUAGUCGGAGUCUCAGCCCGGAAGCGAGUGAAAGCGCAGACGUCACCACAGGUCGUGGUGGCGGACGGUUCCGCAGAAGCGAUGUCUCUAAGCCUCCGCCGGACCACAUCGAUCGCUACGUCCCGGGCCAACGGUCGCCAAGGCGAAGGGGCGAUGGCGGAAGGCGCCGGCGGGGGGAUGCGAGAGGCAGCCAAGAGCGAAAUGGCAAUGCGGCAGAGUCGGGCCGACGAGAAGGAAACAGGAGACCAAAAAAGACGCAGGAAGAGCUGGACCAGGAGAUGGAGGAUUACUGGGGCACCACUGCCGCGCCCAAUGGCAACGGCAGCGGAACUGCUGCGAUAACAUCUUCUUCUGCUGCCCCUGCAUCUGCUGCUCUGGAUGAUGAUAUUGACAUGAUUGAGUAAGAUAAGAUGCUUGCGUGUGGGAAGAGAAGAAUCAAGGACCGUCAAAAUGGAUCACAUUUAUAGCAUUUUCAACUGAAGAGAUUUUGUUAAGGGCACAUUACGUCGCACCUUAUUCUUACUCUUCCUUUCUUUAUUUGGAAAAAAAAGGGGGGGGUGGGGGCGCGGCAAAGAAGUUAACGACCAGUGUUAGUUUUCGGUUAUCAACUCUCUACUUUUGCAGAAAUCCUUGGACGUGUUAUUGUUUAUUUAGCUGCUUUUUUUUUUUUUUUUUUUGUAAGAGUACUCAACAUAUGAAUGAUUGAAUAUCAAUUUCAAAUGC